UGUGCUACCACUACCUUGUAAACCAUAAAAAAACACCCAGUUUUUUAUAUCUUUAAAAUCAUAGUUUAUUUUUCUUUGAUAUCUAUUCUCUUUUGUUGUUGUUGUUGUUUAUGGCUGGUUUAGACUUAGGCUCAGCUUCUCACUUCCUUCAUCACCACCUCCAAAGACCACCAGAUUCCCAAGAUCUCAAUGACAAAAUUCAGUAUUCCGGCGACAACGGUGAAACCACCCACCAAGGCCUCGGCCUCGACAACUCCGACACCGGUCCAAGCGAUGUCAUGUCUCGCCGGCCAAGAGGCCGGCCAGCUGGCUCAAAGAACAAGCCCAAACCGCCGGUGAUCAUAACCCGGGAGAGCCCGAACACGCUCCGGGCUCACAUACUGGAGGUUUCCAGUGGGUGCGACGUGUUCGAGUCGGUGGCCAAUUUUGCAAGGAAGAGGCAGCAAGGGAUAUGUGUGUUGACCGGAAGUGGGACAGUGACCAACGUGACUCUCCGGCAGCCGGCGGCGGUUGGCGGAGUGGUGACGCUGCACGGACGGUUCGAGAUACUAUCGCUGUCGGGAUCGUUCCUGCCGCCGCCAGCUCCGCCCGGCGCCACCAGUCUGACUAUAUAUUUGGCGGGUGGACAAGGACAGGUUGUGGGAGGGAAUGUUGUGGGUGCUUUGAUUGCCUCUGGACCCGUUAUUGUCAUUUCAGCUUCUUUUAGUAAUGUGGCUUACGAAAGAUUGCCACUGGAUGAAGAUGAGCCAACUUCCAGCGGCGGCGGUGGCGGCGUUGGCGUUGGCGGUGGCUCUCAUUCGUUUCCGGAUCCAUUGUCCGGCUCUCCUUUCUUCAAUCUGCAGCUGAAUAUGCCGAGUAGUGGGUUGCCGGCGGACGGGUGGGGAGGGAACUCCGGUGGGCGGCCGCCGUAUUAAUUUGUAGGUGGAAAAAAAGGUCAGAGAAGUAAUUAACAGAUUAUUAUUACUAUCUCCCAUCUUUGUAUAAUCAGUUGUUUGUU